AUGUCUGUCAUAUUGGUAUCUGCAGGGUACGAUCACACAAUAAGGUUCUGGGAGGCUCUCACGGGUGUCUGUUCGAGAACCAUACAGCAUUCCGAUUCUCAGGUGAAUCGUUUGGAAAUUACCAAUGAUAAGAAGUUACUAGGUGCUGCUGGUCAUCAGAACGUUAGACUCUACGACAUUCGAACGACAAAUCCUAAUCCAGUGGCAACUUUCGAAGGUCAUAAGGGCAAUGUUACCUCAUUGUCAUUUCAACAGGACAACAGAUGGAUGGUUACUUCUAGUGAAGAUGGGACUAUAAAAGUUUGGGACGUUAGGUCGCCUUCCGUUCCGAGAAAUUACAAACACAAUGCCCCCGUUAAUGAAGUGGUCAUACAUCCCAACCAGGGAGAACUUAUAUCUUGCGAUAGAGACGGUAAUAUACGUAUCUGGGAUUUGGGUGAAAAUCAAUGUACACAUCAAUUGACGCCGGAGGAUAAUACACCCCUACAAUCGCUUUCUGUGGCAAGUGACGGUUCCAUGUUAGUUGCAGCCAAUAGUAAAGGCAAUUGUUACGUAUGGGAAAUGCCGAAUCACACAGACGCAUCGAAUUUAAAGCCAGUUACAAAAUUCAAGGCACACUCAAACUAUAUCACAAGAAUUUUACUCUCUUCAGAUGUUAAACACUUAGCCACUUGUUCUGCUGAUAAGACGGCAAGAACAUGGUCGUUGGACGAUAAUUUUAAACUAGAGUCGACUUUAGAUGGACAUCAAAGAUGGGUUUGGGAUUGUGCAUUUAGUGCAGACAGUGCUUAUUUGGUCACUGCUUCUUCUGAUCAUUACGUUAGAUUAUGGGACCUUUCAACCAGGGAAAUUGUAAGGCAAUACGGUGGUCACCAUAAAGGUGCCAUUUGUGUGGCAUUAAAUGAUGUAUAA